GAGGCGUGGCAGCAUCGCUGCUGCUCCCGGGCCGCCCGAUCCCAGCAGCAGCAGCGUCAGCCGCCCGUGAUCAACACAGCGGCAUCAGCAGCAGCCCAGCUUAGCGCAGCAGCACCAAUGGAGAAGUCAGCGAGUAACGGUGCCUGCGAGGUCGAGGACACGGCCCAGGGAGGCGGUUCCGUCCCCGAGAGCGGUGGCAGCGGCAACGCUGCGGCGGCGGCGGCGGAGCCCGCGGGGGGUCCCGAGCCCAACGUGCGGCUGCGCAAGGCGUCGCGCUGCGUGCGCGCCAAUGCCCUGGUGCUGCUCACCGUGGGCGCCGUGCUCACGGGCGUGGCGCUCGGCAUGGCCGUGCGGCGGGUCGGCCUCUCGCGGGCCGGCGCGGCCUACUUCGCCUUCCCGGGCGAGAUGCUGCUGCGCAUGCUGAAGAUGAUCAUCAUACCGCUGGUGGUGUGCAGCUUGGUGUCGGGCGCGGCCAGCCUGGACACGCGCUCCCUCGGCCGCCUCGGGGGUCGCGCCAUCCUCUUCUUCCUCGUCACCACGCUCAUAGCCUCGGCCAUUGGCGUGGCCCUCGCCCUGAUGAUCAAGCCCGGGGCUGGCGGCUCUGACGCGAAACCCAACCUGGGCGACAGCGGCAGCAGCAGCAGCCCAAUGCCCCCUGCGCGGGAGGCCGUGGACUCGUUCCUGGACUUGACCAGAAACCUCUUCCCUGCCAAUCUUGUGGCUGCUGCUUUUCAAUCGUAUGCUACCGUCUACAAUUAUAUUUCCGUGACAACAAAUGUCACAGUUGACAACACAACCUUGCAGAAUGUCACGAUUGAAAAGAUCCCAGUUGGUUCGGAUGCGGACGGAAUGAAUAUUCUGGGACUGGUGGUGUUUGCCAUUGCCUUCGGGAUUGCUCUGCGGCAACUUGGGGCAGAAGGAGAGGUCCUCAUUCGCGUGUUCAACGUGUUUAACGAAGGGACCAUGGUGCUCGUGUCCUGGAUCAUGUGGUAUGCCCCCAUUGGAAUCAUGUUCCUGGUGGCCAGCAAGAUUGUGGAGAUGCGGAACGUGGUUCUGCUGAUCACGAGCCUGGGCAAAUACAUCAUGUGCUGCGUCGUGGGGCAGCUCAUUCACGGCCUCAUUGUGCUGCCAGCGAUCUUCUUCGCGUUCACGAGGAGGAAUCCGUACACGUUCCUGCUCGGUAUCCUCACAGCCCUCACCACCGCCUUCGGCACCUCUUCAAGCUCGGCGACGCUGCCCCUCAUGAUGAAGUGCGUGGAGGAGAACAACGGCGUGGACAAGCGCAUCAGCCGCUUCAUCCUGCCGAUCGGCGCCACCGUGAAUAUGGAUGGCGCCGCUCUGUUCCAGUGUGUGGCCACCGUCUUCAUCGCUCAGUUCAAUGACAUACAUUUGGAUGCGGGGCAGAUCUUCACGAUCCUCGUUACGGCAACAGCAUCGAGCGUGGGAGCAGCUGGGAUCCCAGCAGGUGGCAUCCUGACACUUGCCAUCAUCCUGGAGGCGGUCGGCGUCCCCACCAAAGACCUGUCUCUGGUCCUGGCGGUCGACUGGUUCGUGGACCGCACCUGCACCGUGCUCAAUGUUGAAGGCGAUGCCAUCGGCGCUGGGAUUCUGCAUUACACCAACACGGAGCGAGAGGAGGCGGUCGCGCCGGCCGCGGAGGAACUCGCCGAAAUCAAGAUGGAAACGCCGAUAAACGGGCGCUCAGGCAGUGAGGCAUCGCCGCUGAUCCGGCACAACCACGUCGUGUCUCUCACCCCCACGUCGCCCGCCCAGGAGUCUGCGCUCUGAGUCGAACGCGAGGACAUUGGAGAUACACCUUACUGCAGUCCCAUGCCCAAAGGCAGGUGAUGGUAAAUCUGUGUUAGUACUCCACAUUCAGUGGGUCACCAUAUUAUGAUAACUUACAGCACUGAUUCGUUUUUAUAAUUCUUAAAUAUAAAAAAAAAAUACAUUGAGGAAUUGAUUAUAUUUGUAACCUGGGUUAAUGCAAGCACACCAGCAGCUAUUGUACGUAGUUAUCCUUGCACACUAUGAUUCUCCCGAUUCAUAGUUUAUUCUGGGUUAGAUCAUGUAGGUGUGAUGUCUGAAAUAGUUUGUGGAGGUGUGAUGUCUUGGUUAGAUUGUAUAACGUCUGGGUUAGAUCGUGGAGGUGUAAUGUCCACCGUGAAUCAAGCUGUCAAGUUGGACACAUGUGCCCGUUGGUUUUGUUCUUCAGCAACCGGUUACGUUGAAAAGCGAGCAACAUUUAACGAUUUUUCGCGUGACAUUUCAACGGCGAGUACAAACCACCAUCAUCAGGCGAUAGCAAGAGAUCAUAUCGGAGUGAAUGCACUUCCUGAUCUGGCUCCUGGAGUAGGUGCCAUGCCACCAUCAGAUCAACGAUGCAGGAGAACUGGAUUUGAUCAAUAGAAUUGAAUGCAGAUUAACCGGUUGUAAGUGACAGGGUUAAAUAGUGUAACAAGGUGAAGCUGAUUCAUUGUUGGUGAAAAUAUCAAUCGGUUAUAUUGAAGUGUGUUGUAUUAGUCAUGAUUGAUAUUAGUUACAUUAAGCUUCAUUGUUUACAAAUCCCCUAGGGUUAUAUCGUAAGGUGUAAUUUAUCCGUCUUUCUGGUGAUUUUUUUGUGAUUGGAAUAUGCAGGUAAGGUGAAUUUAAGAGAUUAUUAGUUUUUUACAUUCUUGUAAUUAUGAUGUUUUAUUUUAACUUAAAAAGGCAGAGUUAAUUGAUGUUAUGAAUAUAUUUAAGCAUUAUCUUCAUAGGAAUACUUAAUUUAGCAUCUUAAUGAAAAUGUGUUCUUAAUUCGUUUCAGGGCAGCGCUUGGUCUAUAGCAAGUCACCCUGUUCAUGUUGUUUUGCCUUUUAUCAAUUUAAUUUCCCCAAUUAAUGUUUGCCAAUAAUAAUAAUACAUUUUACACUAAACUUUAAUCUCACCAGCGAAAAUUGUGUGCCCUUCCUGACAUGCGUGUUCAACCGCAGACAUCUGCGUCUGUGAAUAUUUAAUAAUUGAUGUUCUAUGGUUCUUUCGGUAAAGUCACGUAGAUAGAAGGAAAAAUAAUAACAAUAAAAUAAAAAAUGGGUUCUCCCUUAUCUCCGGUUGUGGCCAACAUUUUCAUGGAAAAAUUUGAGACGGACGCCAUCCAGAGGUACAUGGAUGACAUGUUUGUAAUCUGGCCAUAUGGCCGACCGGCUCUGGAACAAUUUCUCAACCACAUCAAUUCCAUACACCCAGCCAUCAAAUUCACCAUGGAGGUAGAAAAGGAUGUCAUGCUACCCUUCUUGGAUGUCUUAAUAAAAAAGAGACCAGAUGGCUCAAUGAG